CUCAGAUUUCAGUUCGGGCUCCAGACCCAGUCCUGCUGCUUUUCCCCCCAGGGAGUAAAGGGCAGAAACGUGAGGCUACGGAACUGCUGAGACAGGAGGAUGAAAUAAGUGAGAAGGGGACAAGCUAAGAAACUAGCUCCUUCUGUCACCACCAAGGACAAGGGCUUUGUCCGAGCUAGCUGACUACCAGGCGGGGCUGUCUAGAGCGCCACGAGGGGGCGCCAAGGGUCCACGGGCCACGCUGCAUACCCCUGGAGAAACUACAACUCCCAGAAUCGGGCUGGGACCCCGCUAGCCUAACCCCACCACUCGCUGGCUCCCAUUGGCAGCAGGCUGAAGGGGGAUUGGCGGUCUCCAGGGUAACUGGAGGCGCUCCGAGCCCCUGAGCCUGGGAGGCUGGACCGCCCCCUAUUGUGUGACCGGGAGAGCGGGCGAGCAGAGCGCAGCAGAUACUGGUUCCCCAGAGAGUGUCCCCAUCUGGAGUCACCUGGGCCAAGGCCCUGAAUCUUCCAAAGAUCAAAUUUGGCCAGAGUCACAUCUCCCUGGUGACUACACAGAGGAACUGAAGAGUUUGCUGGAAAGCAGAGAAGAGCACCCCUCAGCCAGGGCCCAUCCCUCGGCCCCUCCUUCAGGGCUCCUUGGGGACAGGAGGGGCCGGGUGGGACAGCUGUGCUAUGAUUUGGUGCCUUGGCCUGGCCAUCCUCAGCCUGAUCACCAGUCAGGGGGCUGACGGCCGCGUGAAACCUGAGGCAGUGACAGUGGUGGGCCGUACUGGGGAGAGUGCCUUGCUAAGCUGUGACCUACUGCCCCCCACGGGGAGGCCCCCCCUGCAUGUCAUCGAGUGGUUGCGCUUUGGCUUCCUGCUUCCCAUUUUCAUCCAGUUUGGGCUGUACUCCCCCCGUGUCGAUCCUCACUUCGUGGGGCGUGUGCAGCUACAAGAAGGGGCAUCCUUACUAAUUGAAAGGCUUCAGACAGAGGACCAGGGUUGGUAUGAAUGUCGUGUGCUCUUCCUGGAUCAGCCCAACCCCGAAGAUGACUUUGCCAAUGGCUCCUGGGUGCACCUCACAGUUAACUCCCCUCCCAGAUUCCUGGAGACUCCCCCACCAGUGUUAGAGGUUCGGGAGUGGGAGCCAGUGACCCUGCACUGUGCGGCCAGUGGCAGCCCCCAGCCUCGUGUGGCCUGGAAGCGUGAUGGGCGGGACCUGGGCCAGGGCCAGGGCCAGGUGCAGGUCCAGAAUGGAACCCUUAGGAUUGGAAGAGUGGAGCAGUCCAGUGCUGGAAUCUAUACAUGCCAUGCUUCCAGCACUGAGGGCAGUACCACACAUGCUACCCACCUGCUGGUACAUGGACCUCCAGUCAUUGUGGUACCCCCCGAAAAUAGCACAGUUAAUGCCUCCCAGGAUGCCUCCUUGGCCUGCCAGGCUCAGGCUCACCCUGCCAACCUCACCUACAGCUGGUACCAGGGAAGCACCAAUGUCUUCCACAUCAGCCGCCUGCAACCCCGAGUUAGGAUCCUGGUGGAUGGGAGCCUCUGGCUGCAGGCUACCCAGCCUGAUGAUGCUGGACGCUACACCUGUGUGCCAAGCAAUGGCCUUCGCCACCCACCCUCAGCAUCUGCCUACCUCACUGUGCUGUACCCUGCCCAGGUGACAACAAUGCCCCCAGAGACACCCUUGCCUGUGGGCAUGCAGGGAGUGAUACGAUGUCCCACCCGUGCCAAUCCCCCUCUACUCUUUGUCAACUGGACCAAAGAUGGCCAGGCCCUGCAGCUGGACAAGUUCCCAGGCUGGUCUCAGGCUUUAGAUGGCUCAUUGGUCAUUGCCCUGGGGAAUGAGGAUGCCUUAGGAGAAUAUACCUGUACUCCCUACAACAGCCAUGGCACCGCUGGGCCCUCUUCCCCAACCCGCGUGCUGCUCAAGGCUCCUCCAGCUUUCAUUGAACAACCAAAGAAAGAGUACUUCCAGGAGGUGGGGAGAGAAUUGCUCAUCCCUUGCUCAGCCCAUGGGGACCCCACCCCCGCUAUCACCUGGUCUAAGGUGGACCGAGGCCUACGGGGUGAGGCCCAGGUGGAUAGCAAUAGCAGCCUGGUCCUGCGGCCACUGAGCAAGGAAGCCCACGGGCGCUGGGAGUGCAGUGCCAGCAAUGUUGUGGCUCGUGUGGCAACCACAACUAACGUCUACGUGUUAGGUACCAGUCCCCAUGCUGUCACCAAUGUGUCUGUGCUGUCCUUACCUGAGGGGGCCAAUGUCUCCUGGGAGCCUGGUUUUGAUGGUGGCUACCUGCAGAGAUUCAGUGUGUGGUAUACUCCUCUGGCCAAGCGUCCCGACCGUGCCCACCAUGACUGGAUAUCCCUGCCAGUGCCUGCAGGUGCUGCCCACCUAGUGGUAGCAGGUCUGCAACCCCAUACCAGCUACCAAUUCAGUGUCCUGGCCCAGAACAAACUAGGGAGUGGCCCUUUCAGUGAGAUCAUCUUGUCUUCUCCUGAUGGGCUCGCAACCACCCAGGCUGUCCCUAUGUCACACGCUACGGAAUCCCAACUACCCCUGUCCCCACCCCGAGGACUCAUGGCAGUGAGGACCCCGAGGGGUGUGCUGCUGCACUGGGAGCCUCCCUUGCUGGCUCCUGAAACUUUGGCCAGUUAUGCCCUGGAAGGGCGGCAUGGCUCCCAUGGCUGGGAGGUGCUGGACAGGGCCAUCAGUGGAGCUGACACUCAGCUGCUGGUGCCUGGGCUCAUCAAGGAUUCCUUCUAUGAGUUUCGCCUCGUGGCUUUUGCUGGCAGCUACAUCAGUGACCCCAGCAACGUGGCCAACAUCUCCACAGCUGGCAUGGAGGUGUACCCUUCCCGAACACAGCUUCCUGGCCUGCUGCCCCAGCCUGUGCUGGCUGGUGUGGUAGGUGGCGUCUGCUUCCUGAGUGUAGCCAUUCUCAUCAGCACAGUGGCUGCCUGUGCCAUGAACAGACGUCGGGCUGCCAGACUCCGCAAACGCCACCGAGAUCUACCACUCAUCUUCUCCCCCCCAAGGAAGUCACCUCCCAAUUCUGCUCCAGGCUCGAGCAGCCCUGACAGUGUGGUGAAGCUGAAACUUCAGGAGUCACCAUCUCUCAGCCUUCGACAAAGCCUGCUGUGGGGAGAGACCAGCCAGCUCCCCAGUCCUCCUGCCCAGCUCCUGCCUAGCCCACUGCCCCUGGAACCAAUCUGCCGAGGCCCCGAUGGGCGAUUUGUGAUGGGACCAGGUGCUGGGGCCCCCCAGGUUUCACUGACCCAGAUCCAAGAUGAGCCCCAAAGCACAGGCCAUCAUCAGGCUCACUCACGUGACUGUAGCAACAGCAGUCCCAGUGGAGUGGCCCAGCCCCUUUACAUUGCUGACAUCAGUCCUGUGGGCCCACCACCCAGCCCCCUGCCAGCCCCGGGGCCCCUGCUUCAGUAUUUGAGUCUGCCCUUUUUCCGGGAGAUGAACGUUGAUGGGGACUGGCCCCCCACUGAAGAACCCAGUCCUGCCCCACCUCUUGACUACGUGGAUACCCUGCCAGGCCCUGAGACAAUGCUCUCUCGACCUCUGGGCUCCCCAUUAGGCCUCCCGAAGGCAGUUCUGCCUGAGAGCAGGGUCAGCGGGCCAGGCUCUGAUUCAUCCUACACUGCUUUGGCAGACUGGACACUUCGGGAGAAGGGGCUGCCUGGGCCUCCCCCCGCCGUGCCCAGAGGUAGCCUCACCAGCCAGAGCAGUGGAAGGGGCAGUGCCUCCUUUUUUCGCCCACCCUCACUGGCCCCCUCUCUUGGGGGCAGCUACCUCAGUCCCCCCUCAGGGGACACUAGCAGUUGGGCCAGUGGAGGAAUUGGUCUGGAAAGGUGGCCUCGGAGAGAACACGUGCUGACUGUCAGUAAGAGGAGGGACACUUCAGUGGAUGAAAACUACGAGUGGGACUCUGAGCUUCCUGGGGACCUGGAACUGCUCGAAUCGCUGCCGCUGGGGCCGAGGGGUGGUGGCCCCCGGGGCCAGCCUGAACUGAGACUAGGCUCCCAGGAACCAGAGGAAUGCACAUGGGGUGCUGCCCACCCCCCUGGGCCAGAGGAACGCUGUGCUGCCCUCCGGGAGGAAUUCUUGGCCUUCCGACGUCGCCGUGAUGCUACCCGGGCACGACUGCCUGCUCGCCGGGACCCCAUCAGCCACCCUGAGCAAGCCACAUUGCUAUGAAUGCUCAGUGCGGAUGGGACAAGGACCUGUGGGCAGGGUUGAGCAGGGCCACCUGCAGGGGUACUGGGGGCAUUGAUAAUACCGCCCCUCCCCCCCGCUGGUUCCUAGGCACAGACACUGGCUGGGUCGGGGGAAGGAUGUGGGUAACACUAUCUUCCUUAGGUUGAAUUGGGUUCCCCUAGAAGGGCCUCUCCUCCCCCCAGGGCAGAGAGAGAGGAGAUAGCUACAGAGAUCUCAGGGUCUGCCCUUGCCCGUUCUGUGUGAGUGAGGCAUGGGGAAAGUUUUUACAGGCAAUUAAAGAGAGACUGAGAAUACUCUA